CCGAGUAUCUGUGGUCAAGAGUGAUAGCAGACGGUACGAGCUGGGAAAUUGUGAGAGGCGUGUUUAGACCUUACGGCCAGAAAUAUUGCUCUCACUCUUCUGUAUCCACAUGAAGACACUCAACAUAUUCUUCCUUUUCAAUCCUGUGUUGCUGUUAUGGGGAUUUUUCUUCAGUGUUGUCGAAACGAGGGCGAAAGUGCAUCGUUCAAGUGAACACCGAGUGUCUCGUCACGAUACUUCCGGCUCAGUUCUUUAUCAAGAAGGUCGGACAAGCGUAGUCUACACAUUAUCAGGAAACGACCACAACGCCCCUUGCGUUUUUCCAUUUUACUACGACGGUAAGAACUACACAUCAUGCACCUACAAGGACUGCAAACAUAACCUGCCUUGGUGCGCAACAACCAACAACUACGACAGAGAUAAGAAGUGGGGUCACUGUCAGACAGACAAGGACGUAACCGAUUGCAUUGACCUUCACAGUCGUUGCGGAACUUGGGCGAUGGAUGGCGAAUGUGUAGUCAAUGCCCCGUACAUGUGUAAAAAGUGCCCACGAUCUUGCGGCUUGUGCACCCAUGGAGGAAAUGGGCGAGGAAAACCUUGUAAAUUUCCGUUUUUAUUUAAAAACAGACUCGUGUAUAACUGUCUACGCUUUAAUAAAAAAGCAUGGUGUGCGACAACAACUGACUACAACAAGGACAAGAGAUGGGGCUACUGUUUUCCUAAAUUAUAUCGUGAUAUAAGAGAAGUGAACGAGAAAUUUUUUCAUUGGGGAGAGUGUGACGAUCUAAAUGAUGAUUGUCGACAAUGGGCAAAGCAAGGAUUAUGUCAAAAGGAUCCUGAAGAAAUGAAAGAAACGUGUCCAUGGAGUUGCCACAAGUGUGCGCCUAUGAAGUUAGUAACCCUGAAAGGAUGCCAAGAUUACAGCUCAGCGUGUGCAGAAUGGGCCAGAAGAGGAGAUUGUGAAGAUAACACGGUGUUCAUGUUUGCCUUCUGUCGUUGGUCUUGUAAACAAUGCGCCAAAUCAACAAUUGAGAAGACAGUACGUGAUAGAAUGCCAAGAGGAUGCAGAUCGUGGGUGCGGAAUGGUGAUUGUUACCUUCACCAAGAGUUUAUGUUGCAAAACUGUAGGGAGUCUUGUAUGGCAGGGGGAUAUAAAAACGGACGCAUGUGCUUAGAUGAGGUGGCAGAUUGCCAUAACUUAGCUAGAGAAGGACUUUGCAAAAGCCGAAGUGCUAUGGGUAUUAUGAGAAAAUACUGCAAAUACAGCUGCGGAUGGUGUUCUUAAAAUGUACAGAAAUUAUGUCAAAAGCUGCUCCAAAAGGCCAAAAAGUAAUUUAAAACAGUGCGUGUGGUUAAAAGCCAAUCCCUUUUGCUUGUCUACAAUAUUUCUUAGGUAUCAGUCUCUUUACUGCGGGAGACCUGGGAACCGGAGAGCUGGCUUACAGUAACUUAGGUCGUAUUCUAUCGAUAUUAGCCGUUUUAUGGUCUUUCGGUUGGUUCCCUCAUUUUGGUUUUCAAUUUUCCAACAGGGAAAAACCGUUUUAAGUGGAUUUGGUUGAUCA